ACGGCAUCUGGUGCACUGACAGUGAGCUGCCUUAAAACUGGAUCAAGCUGUAAACCAGAUUUAAAGGAGUUUUCCUGUUACUUCACAGCUUGUUGCGCCUCUGGCUUCAGAAGGUAGACAGGCUGCUUUAGCCACUGAAAUGGACGCAAUACUGAAUUACAGUUCUGCAGAUACUGAAGAUUACUACACGCUCCUGGGAUGUGAUGAACUGUCUUCGGUCGAACAAAUUCUGGCAGAAUUUAAGGUCAGAGCUCUGGAAUGUCAUCCCGACAAGCAUCCUGAAAAUAGCAAAGCUGUGGAGACUUUUCAGAAACUGCAGAAAGCAAAGGAGGUUCUGACUAACGAAGAGAGUCGAGCCCGUUAUGACCACUGGCGAAGGAGCCAGAUGGCAAUGCCAUUCCAACAGUGGGAAGCUUUAAGUGACUCAGUGAAAACGUCAAUGCACUGGGCUGUCAGAGGUAAAAAAGAUCUUAUGCUGGAAGAAUCUGACCAGACUCACACCAACAAGAUUGAAAAUGAAGAAUGGAAUGAGCAAAGACAGGUAAAGAAAGAGGAUCUGAGUGUUAGCACAGAGCAAAUGGAGCCAAUAGAACCCAGGCCUCUGGAGAAGUCAUCAUCCUCACAGAAUCCAGAUUCCCCAAGCUUUUCGGAUGUGAAUUGCUGGCAUCUUCGAUUCCGUUGGUCUGGGGAUGCUCCCUCAGAGCUCCUGAGAAAAUUCAGAAACUAUGAAAUAUGAACUGUCCUUGCUUCAUAGAAAAGAAAGACAGAAGACCAUCUCCUGUGCUAACCAAAGUCUCUGUUCAAAUCUUUAAAAUGUCAGUUCAUAUUUAAUGUUUGUCAGUCACUGAGUACAAAUUAAUUGCACCAAAUUUGAACCCAUCCUUACACUGGUUAUCAAAUGAGGAAAGUUUAGAAUAGUUUCUUUCAACAUUUGAAUAAAUGAAGGCUCUUAGACUCAGAGCAAAAUCUAUGUUUUACUGUGGAUGCUAUUUACAGAAACCAUUAAAAAUCACUCUAUGUCUUAAAUGUUUCAUAGAUAUACCAUGAUGUCUAUUAGUGCUGAAUGCAUGAAGAAUGUUUCCUGACUUUGGUCUUAAAAUGAAUGUGAAAUUACUUGUCAAAUUCCAUAGAAUGAAAUAAAUAGUCUAAUAUCCAUAAUGGGUCUAUAGUUCAACUGAAUUUAAAAAACAAUUUGAAUAAGCAUUUAUCAUUUAUUCUCUAGUUUUAAUAAUGAUUGUGCAUUUGAGAGGUUAUAAUUUAUUUGAGGAAAUAUGUCUUACAGGAUUUCUCUUGUAAUACAGUCAGUGAAAAAAAUACAAAUUACAUUCUAGUGUUUAAAAUGGGCCUGUUAGGCAACAUACCCUUUUUAGAUUGAAUUAUUGAUGGGCAUGUGCAGUCUAUAGUUAUUAUUUAAUUUGUAGACAGUGGAUGAAAAAUUAAUAUGGAAUACAUUCUGUAGAGCAGAGAUUUCUUUGUGACAAUUUUCACUAGUUUAUAGCAAAGUGAGAAAAACGACAUGAUCCCCAUAGCACCACGGACUAUCACAUCCAAUGCAACAUGUAAAAAAGAAAAAAAGGAAAUGCAUUUAUUUUAUUAAAUAGUAUAAUAACAGACUUGAUUAAUUUGAUAUUCUAUAACAAAGCAUCACAGAUCUGGUGGUCUGUACAUUUCUCACAAUUCUGCAGGAUAGAUAUUAAAGAUACUCAGAGCGUC